GGGACGGACGGGUAGGGGUACUGAGUCAGAGAGGAGCCAGGAUGGGAAAGAACUUCCAUCUAUACGAGAACAUCUCUAAGGUCAGCCCAUUUGAGGGGCCACAGUAUCACCUGGCCCCAAUAUGGGCUUUCUACCUACAGACUGCUUUCAUGGGCUUUGUGUUCUUUGCUGGAACACCCCUAAACUUGAUCAUUCUCGUGGUGACAGUGAAGUACAAGAAGCUGAGACAACCGCUGAACUACAUCCUGGUCAAUGUCUCGUUAGCAGGUUUUAUCUUUGUGACUUUCUCUGUGAGUCAAGUGUUCGUUUCUAGUGCGAGAGGAUACUACUUCCUGGGUUACACCUUGUGUGCAAUGGAAGCUUGCAUGGGUUCAAUAGCAGGGUUGGUGUCAGCUUGGUCUCUGGCUGUCCUUGCCUUUGAGAGAUACGUGGUCAUCUGCAAACCCUUCGGCACCUUCAAAUUUGACAACAACCAGGCUCUGGCGGCUGUUGCCUUCACCUGGGUCAUGGGGAUCGGAUGUGCAACCCCACCAUUCUUCGGCUGGAGCAGGUAUAUCCCUGAGGGUCUGGGCUGCUCCUGUGGACCUGACUGGUAUACAAACAAUGAGGAGUACCACUGUGCCAGCUACACCAAAUUCCUCAUUGUUACUUGUUUCCUCAUGCCCAUGUCCAUUAUCUUUUUCUCCUACUCCCAACUACUGGGAGCACUACGGGCUGUGGCAGCUGCACAGGCUGAGUCAGCUUCCACCCAGAAGGCAGAAAAGGAAGUAUCCAGGAUGGUGAUUGUGAUGGUGUGCUCCUUCAUUCUGUGUUACGGCCCCUACGCCUUGGCAGGCUUGUACUUCGCCUAUACAACAAGCGAGAACAAAGACUACCGCCUGGUCACCAUCCCUGCUUUCUUCUCUAAAAGCUCCUGUGUAUACAACCCUCUCAUUUACGCCUUCAUGAACAAACAGUUCAACGCCUGCAUCAUGGAGACAGUGUUUGGAAAGCAGAUUGAGGAGACUUCAGUUUCAGCCUCCAAGACAGAGGUCUCCACAGCCUAAUCUUUGACUCUGGUCUCAGUCCAUCAGGAGCCCAUCCCCAACAGCCAACAGUCUUGGGGUGGAUUCAAUAAACCAUCUAAGGUUCCCUAACACUUGAUUGAAAUUGUGAGUUCAGGAGAAAGGGUUUAUUGAAUCUACCCCUUUAUGAAAUACUCAUAUCAAAUUGUAAGAUAAGGUAAAUAAAGAUUUAUAUUGUAUUAUGAUGCACUUUUA